AGAUAAAAAGACUGUUGAUGAAUAGUUCAAUUAAUUUUGCAUGGAGUCAUCCGGAUCGAGCCGCGUCAGAAUUGAGCAGCUCCCGGUUUCAGUUUCUGGUUUAAUCCGAUCGAGUGUGCAAAUUGUAUCGCCUGCGAGAUGCGUUGAGGAGCUUCUUUACAAUGCAAUCGAUGCGGAAGCUGAUUGCAUUGCAGUUCGUUUGGACUUGGAAAAGCGAUGGAGAAUCGUCGUCGUCGACAACGGGGUCGGCAUACAUCCUCUUGACAUGAACAACGUCGGGAAAAGGUAUUUCACCAGUAAGUGUCACAGCACGGAGGAACUCUCUCGGAGCUCAGUUUAUCAUGGUUACCGCGGGGAAUCCCUCUGCAGUAUAGCACAAGUGUCUGGACUAAUGGAAAUCAAGAGUAAAUGUCCCAAUUCCCGAGAGACAAGUUGUCAAUUAUUUUGGCAUGGGAAACCCUGGAAAUGUUCUUCGACUGAUUAUACCGAACUCGCGGGGACCACCGUUACCGUCAUGGAUUUUUUCUACAAUUUACCUGUGCGUAGGAAAGCGAUGAAAAUUUCUGUUGAAAUCAACGCAAUACGACAGUCGUUGAGCAUGAUUGCGGUAGUGUACCCAAAUAUUUCCAUGAGCUUGAAAGACGAAAACACGGGGUCAACGUUAUUUUCCGCUAUCAAGUGCGACUCAACUCAGGAUUCUUUUCGUCGAAUUUUUGGCGAAUCCGCUGCUCUUGGAUUGAGGAAGCUGAAACAUCGUCGAGGAAAUAUUGUUUUAGAGGGCUUUGUCAAAGAACAAUUGUACGAUCGCAGUGUGAAACUGCUAUUUGUCAAUAAGGUGUUUUUGAAGAAAUGCAAACUGCAAUCCGUGGUUGAUGCAGCUUGCGCAAAGGCUCUUCAAUGCGCUCGAAGUGAAAAGGGCUUUGUUUACAUUUUGAACUUUCGGGUUCCUUACGGCGAGUACGAACUCGUACAUGAGCACAAGUGCCGUGCGAUUGAAUUCGCUGACUGGCCUGCCUUGAUUUCAUGCGUUGAAGAAUCAUUCGCAAAAUUCAAAGACGAACGAAUUCUGAGAGUCGACGACGCUGAAGAAGAAGAAGAUAUCGGGAGACUGAUUUCUCAGGAUGUGCCUGAAUCACUUCCGAGGUGUGAUAAUUGGUCAGAUGCGAACAGGAGAAUGAACGUGAAUGAGAAGUUGGCGAGUUUUGCCCAAGACGAGCGUCCUUCUGGAACGAGUCUAAAAAUUCGCCGGAAAGUUUCUGAACCGUGUCGAAGCAAUCGGUCGGGCAUUGUUGCUGCCCCAUACUUCAUGAUUGUAAAACACGCACCGAAGUUACCUCGUUUGAAAACUUUGGACUUCCCGUCACUAUAUAAGUGCUUAUCCGACGAAGUUCCGUCUGAUUUCGAAAGCGUGAAUUUUGUUGCUGGCAAAAAAUUAUGUCGUAAACGAUCCGCAAGUCACAUUACGGUUCGAGGUUCCUCGGUCCCUUCUGUUUCAAAAACCCAGGAUUUCUUCUCGGACUUCGACAGUGAAGCGUCAAAAACACCAAAAUCUUGGUAUUUGCAUGAAGACAACAGAGUUGUUUUUGAUGUCCCCGGAAAUUCCGAAACAAUCGAAAUGGAGUCUGCCGGAAACCCCGUUCCGGUUUCGGAUGAAGCAAAUCGGUGUGAUCAAUUGACCAAAAGUGCCCUGAAUAUUGGCCUAGGCGUUCGUGGGGAGAACCGUUCUGAUCCAUCAUCAGGCGUUAAUUUUCCGGAUCCCAAUAAACGGGAAUCAGAUUCAAAAGUUGAAUCUAUUUCAUCUUCCAUUUCGCCAGAAUCAGUUUUAUCUUGGUCGUCGCACCGAUUUCGCGAAGAAUCGUCUCCCGAGAAACGCGUCUGGAAAGAUACUUCAGACGUUGCUAUCGUGAAGUCCAAGUCUCGCAGUAUUUUCUCUGACCUUGAUGAAUUGGAUGGUUCUGCAGAGAUUAGGAAAAUAUCAGUUGAAACUUCACGGUGUUCCAAACCCGGAUCCAUAAUCGAGAAGUGGAGGACAUCUCAGACGAAACCAGAUGAUUCUCAAUGCACUUCACACCCUCUAAGUGCGUGUUCAGAAGCAUUUGUGGAAUAUCCUCAAAAAAAUUUCCCUGCUGAAACCAUUGAUCUCGUGUCUGACGAAGUUCGUAGCGAACUUACGCCAGUAUUGAACUUGGAAGAAGCUAAUUUUGUAUCACUCACCGAGAGCUGCACAAGAAACGAUUUUCUGGAUUCUUUAAGUGUACAAGCAUCACAAUCAUCUAAAAAGGGCUCCUUUCUGGAUAAAUGGAGGAACGGUUCGCUUGCUUCUUCGCAAGCAUAUCGUUCUCUUGGAAGUCCGGAGGAUUCGCCGAAUGUUGGUCCCCAAAGCAACGAUUUACUUGAUGCGGGAUCAUCAGAUAGUUCGCUCUUUCGCGAAGUAAAUGAUGUGGAUCAGGGUAGUCAUGCAUGUGCCAGGGAAGAAUUGAACUCCUGUGAAUGGACCGGUUUGGAAAGAAAUGAGAGUCACGAAAUUGAUGAUGUCGGUGGGGGAAAAUCCUGUUCUCUUGCAUCUGAUGAAGUCGGAUUGGAACGGAUGAAUCCGGAUCACAUAGACGACCUUUUAAAAAGAAAAUUGCAACCGUCAACCAUAGCAGGCGUCACUGUACGUCAAGAGCCAUGGGCUGAUGAGAAAUCGACAUCUUUCACUCAUUUUGAAUACGACUGGGACAAUCCGGUUUUUCCUGUUAUACCUCAAGUUACUGACUUCUGUGUCCUCACGGAAGGAGCGACAUUGAAAUUCACGAAAAAUAUGCUGGAAACAUUCAGAGUUGUUGGUCAAGCAGAUAAGAAAUUCAUCAUUGUCAUCGGAGAAGAUGAUCAGUCGGCAUCGUGGUUGAUUGCAAUUGAUCAGCAUGCCAUACAUGAGCGCAUUCGCCUGGAAACUUUCCUCACUGAAAACAUUGAAAUCGUCAAUGGAAAUAAAGUUCUGCGCUCGUGUCCUGUGGAUCCGCCGAUCAAAGUUGAGCUUCCAAAGAGAGACGCCGAGAUUUUUUAUUCAUUAUCCGAAUUAUCUUCCGCGUAUGGACUUCGUUGUUCUAAUUGGGAAGAGUCGGAUUCAAGUGUUCUCAUUUACUUCAGUCGUAUCCCGUCCUGUUUCAUGGAGCGCAGUAUUGUGGAGAUCAUAAAGGGCGGACAGAAACGAAAUAACGGUCCUUUCUUGAGCGGUAUUGGUAUUCCGUUACGGAGUGGGGAUCCCGAGGAGCUGCGAAACUUGUGCGCUAAAUUCCUGCUGGAAUUGAUCGAGAGAGUCAAUUCCAUGGACGGAGCGAGAGUUUGGUCUCUCCCGAGAACUGUGUUGGAUAUUUUGGCUUCACGUGCCUGCAAAGUGGUGCCCAACUCAAAAGUGGUCAAGGGCCACAUGCAAAAAGAAGAGCUGGAAUUCAACUCCGACUUUUAUUUUUUUAAGACUGCGCUUCAUUGGGCUGGUAAACGGAAUAAUCUCGAAGUAGUGCGACUUCUUCUGGCAAACGGCGCUGAUCCGAAUAUCCGCAACGCUGAUGGAAAAAUUCCGGGUCAGUUGAGCACUCAGCCGGCAGUGCGUUCGUUAUUGGGUGUAAGUGACCCAGUUGAAGACGGGGUUGGGGAGCCCUUGGAUAUAAUCCCUAAUUAUCUUGCACAUCCGCAAUUGAAUUAUCGAGUGGACAUCGGCGCUAGAAAUCCGAUUAUCAAUUUUCGAAACGGUCUAGGAACUCCGGCUGCAUCGUCUUCACCGAUUGUGGAUGAAUUGGUGUUGAAAGUUCGCAUUGCGGGAAUGGAUGACGAUUUCAUAGAAAUAGAUGUUCCGAAGAGUGAUCUUACUUACGAAAAUCUUCUCUCCACUGCGUGCGCUGAGUUGGAAAUUCCCGAUCAAACAAGGGUGAAGCGAAUCAGGAAGUUACCGAAUACGAUUGUUCGAAGGGACAAGGACGUCACGAGACUCGGUCCAUUUCAAGAAAUUGAACUCAUUAUGACAGAUCAUCGAUAGUUUGUUGGACGUGAUCAAUGUAAUCCUUGACUUGAUCAAAUUAAUUUAUCCUUCGUGAAGCUCGCGCAAGUUGCUCGAAUAGUGUGAUGAUUUCAGGAAGUUGGUCCUGUAUUUUAAACUAAUUGGAAAUUUAUGCAAUGAACCCGGACUGUUUUACUCGUUUGCUGCGGUGAUGAUAUUAAAAUAAUUUUUUCGCGCUCUUGAAGGCGAUCUGGUUUGCUUGGCGCUUGUGCAAUAACAUUUGGUCAUGGCCAAAGAUGAUUUGGAAAUUAAAUGGUGUUUCUUCGGGUCGA